GUAUAAGUGGACACGGACGGCUUGACCUAGAUCCAGCACGCCCCAAACUUUGGCACCGCCGUCGCCGCCGCUCCCACUCUCAGCUUCGAUUCGUCGGAUUGUGGAAGGGGAAGACGCUUCGAUCUUUCUGUCGCAAGAUUGGAGAGAAAUGAAGGCGCGGCAGUUCCUGAAUGUGGUGCAGAGGUUUGGCAGAGGGGGCUUGUAUACAGUGAGUCGCAUCAAGGCCGAUGAACAACUCUUCUACGGAUCCACGGCGGAAGCACAGGAAUCAAUAACAUCAGCGGCCUCAAAGUUGAAUAUGUCGUCGCCUUCGUGUACCUUUGCACAGCCAUGGAUGGAUAGCAUGCCGCGGAAGCCUACGCCCAGGCUCAGUUUCGAACCAUACCGCUCAGAUUACAGCAGGCUCGAUUUCCUGCCCUUCUACGGGCGAGGCAGCAGCGGCCAUGGUCGGAUCCUCUGCAUGGACUCGGCGGGCCACACCAUCCUCUGCGACGCCGACGUCCGCUCUGUCCAACCGGUUCCAUGUCUUAACGAACCCAAGGGAGACAGCCCCGUCUCUUUCUCCCUCACCAGCACCCACACCACCGACCCCAAGCGCGCUGAAGCCCUCUACAUUCUCGGCAGAUCCGCUUCAAGCCACAACUCCUUCAACUUCGAGGUACUAAUCUAUGGGGACAAGACUUGGCACUGGGUUCGGCUCCCACCACCGCCCUAUGUCAACGACCCAGUCUAUGACUCCACAUUCAUCCAGUCCUACACUCUGCUGGGUGAUGGCUCCACUAUCUGCAUUUCCUCCCCUCCUGAGCACAGCCCUGUCGGCACCUACUGCUUCGACACUGCCAGCCGCAAGUGGGAAAAGGCAGGCCGCUGGGUGCUGCCUAUCAAUGGCCGGGCUGAGCAUGUCCCUGAGCUUUGCAACCUCUGGUUCGGCAUGGCCGAAAACAGCCCCCACAACUUGUGCGCAUUGGACCUCUCCAAUCUCGACGGGGCUCCAAAGCUACUUCAUGAAUGGCAGGACCUCGACCCGCCUGAGGGUUGGGUGCAGAUAAGGGGCAGCCUGCUUUACCUUGGAGCGGGCAGGUUUUGCAUAACCAAAAUCUUCAACAUUGCGGACCAAGACACUGAGGACAGCACAAAUGGCAUCGCCGCUGUGCUCACUGGAGUGGAGGUGGUGCCUGGAGGAUCAUCGGAACUCCAGAUGAUUAAACACAAAUCCUUCGUUAGCUAUGAUGACAUCCAUUGUGUACUUUAAGUAUGAGAGAAAUGUGAAAAGGAGAUGAAAGUAUCUAGAGUAUCCAUUAUAUAUAUAUAUAUAUAUUUUUUU